AUGCUUUUUCUUCUAUUUGUAGCGACUGUUUCGAUCGUCUUUGCUGAAGAGGCACAAACAAAUGAAGAACCAAAACCGGCGGAAUCUGUACAUGGUUAUUCCUACAAAGAUGGCUUGGAACUAAUACGUGAUCGCAAUCGACAAUUGCACUCUGAACGCUAUCGGGUCCUUCAUGAACAUGAACAUGGCUACAGUGACCACAACUAUGAUCACGAACAUGGUCACGUUGACCACGAAUAUAAUCACGAACACAGCUAUGACCAUAAGGGACCUAUCGUUCUACGAAAGCCAGUCCCACUUGCACAUGACGUUCAUAUUGAUAUUGAGGCUCAAAACAGGAUAAUUGAGGAUGUAUACAGUCCGGACUACCACCAACCUACUUGGGUUUUGGACUAUAGAUACUUGAAGACAGGUGGCAGAGACUACGUUCGCGGUCCCGGUGGCCAAAUCCUCAUUCUGCCUAAAGGUGUUCGUAGUAAUGAACAUAAAGAGUUCCCCGAUUUUGACGCCUACCUCGAGCAUCUGCGGCUCAGCCGAUUAGCGGAAGAGCAGCACAGACACCGAAAAAACCAUCAUGACGAUCACCAUAGUAACCUCGGUCAUGACCAUGCCGAACAUAAUCGUGACCAUGGCCACGGACACGGCCAAACCAUGUGGCGCAAAUAUUAA